AUGUUCUCUAGAUUGACUUCGCCGUUCAUACGCAUCGUGACCGAUCUUCCCGCCAUAUCCAUGUCGCUCCCCACAUCAAUCGCAAGUUCGCCAGACGAAGUAGAUGCUGUUCAACAUAAGAGCGACACAACAACAGUCUCCCGGACGCCGCUGCCAGACUCUUGCUUACAAGAAGCACAAUAUGGGGAUACUUGUCCCCAGAUACCCGAACGCGAUAUACCUGUGGAGUUACUUGAUCUUAUAUUUGUGCAUGCCGACCGUCAUACGAUGACCGCACUCGCACGGUGCUCACACCAAUUCUACGACAUCACUGUCCGCUACCUCUACCGCCACAUUCCGCCGCUCCCCCUUCCCCGCACCAUCAUAUGCCUCCGCACUCUCUCUAAGGAUACUGAGCAUGCUAAAUCGUUGGCCUCUCACGUCCGGACCUACGAACUCGGCGACAUGGACUCCCUCAACGCCGACCGCACCCGCACCCUUCUCAAACCCUUCUACCGCAUCCUCCGCCUCGCCCUUCACAACAUGCACAACCUCACCGACCUCUCCUUCUUCCUCUUCGGUGCCACAUCCGACCUCCUUCUCGACUGCCCUUUUGCCCUGACCAAACUCUCCUCCGCCUGCGACUUCGACGACACUUUCGCCCGUUUCCUAGCCACCCAACGCUCCAUCCGGACCGCCUUCUUCUGCGGCCAAUUCACCCGCGGAACUUACGUUUCUAAACUCUGCCUCCCGAACCUCUCCCGCGUAUCCGCUUCGCCACUCAUCCUCGCUGCAGUUGUGCCUGGAAGACCGGUGAAGGAAGUCGAGUUAUGCCUCAUUCAUCCGUUCUUAUUCAAUGAGGACGUGUUGAGCGUCACGAUCCGGAUACUGUCAUAUUCCAAGGGCCCAUUGUCAUCGUUACAGAUAAUCUCGCAUCUGACAGAAACACCAGAAACGGUGCUUGGCGCAUUGGGUACCAUCCCUGAAUGUCUAGGCUCGUUGAGUGCCCUAGCACUACAUGCCGUGAGCGGUUCGAUUACGAACGACUUCCUCUCCGGCCUCCCUCCCCUCCUCUCCGCCUUCACCUCCCUCAAAUCCCUCGUCCUUCUCUCCAAGAACCGGUACGAUGCCCUUCACGAUCACACCAUCACCCGCCACCUACCCUCAACCAUCCACUCCACCUGCUCUUCUCUCGAAUGCGUCUCCCUCCCUAACGCAACCUACAUCCGGCACAAAAAGUACAACUGGAUAAACAUACUGGAUCUGGAGAAGAUGCUGCUGGAGAAGGAGCAAGUGCUGAUGAAGAGGGAGAAAGAGGUCAAGGAACGCGAGAAGGUAUUGGCUAUUGGCAGAAGGGCGUUGGAGGAGAGGGAGAGAAGGUUAUUGGAGCAGGUGCACGAGCUGGGCACAGAAUUGGAGGGGAUCAGCGUCAGUGCUGAAGCCGGUGGGUCAUCGGCUGAGUGAGCAGGCUCUAUAUAUUUAUUGCACUUAUGUAGAUCGUGUCACCGUUGUACUAUAAUACCUCAAGAUACCCAGCUGCAAGAUGUUUCGUUGUCUUGAUCGAUAUCCCCUCAACAAACACGGGU